CUGUCUUCCUGGCUAUCAUGCUAACAGCUAAAGCUUCAUUUUACGCAUGCGCAUGAAAAGAAUCAGGCCUUUGAAUCGAUGACCGAUUCAAAUCUACUACGCCCUACUGGCUCACUUUUACAAUGGCAGACAAAUUAAAUGCCCAGAAAAGCGUCAAAAUAGCCGCUGGAGCUGUAGUUUGCGUUGAAAGUGAAAUCAGAGGAGAUGUGACUAUUGGUCCCAGAACUGUUGUCCAUCCGAAAGCCCGAAUCAUCGCAGAGGCAGGACCCAUAGUGAUCGGGGAGGGCAACCUGAUCGAAGAGCAAGCUCUGAUCAUUAACAGUUACCCAGAAAACAUCACACCAGAUUCUGAGGUGGAACCAAAGACAAUGACCAUAGGGAUCAACAAUGUAUUUGAAGUUGGCUGUGUAUCACAAGCCCUAAAAAUCGGUGACAACAAUGUGAUCGAAUCCAAAGCUGACGUUGGGAGGAAUGUGAUCCUCACCAGCGGCUGCAUCAUCGGAGCCUUCUGUCAAGUCAACACCUGCGAGGUCAUACCUGAGAACACGGUCAUCUAUGGCUCUGGAUGCAUGAGGCGGGUUCAGACAGAAAGACCUCAGGUCAGCCCCAGACUCUUCAGCUGGAUUUCCUAAUGAAGAUUUUGCCCAACUACCACCACUUGAAGAAAACAGUUAAAGCAGGCCAGACGAGCUAGAAGUGGCCAUUGCACAUCCUAAAAGUUGACUUGUAAAUGCCUGACUAGCUUCAAUCAUGCAAACUGUAUAUAGAUCGCAGUGAUGUUUUGUACUCUAAAACCAAAACAUUCUCCCUCUGCACGCCACCGUGUGAUGCGCUCUUUCCUAGAAAUAAAGGAUUUACAGCAAAAA